AUGGCCGGAGGGGCGGGGUUCGUCAGCGGUGAAGGUGGCCAUGGUUAUUCCUACUAUAAUGGAAGAAUAACGUGGUUUGUGCUCUGUUCUUGCGUCAUAGCUGCUAUUGGGGGCGCUAUCUUUGGUUACGAUACUGGAAUUUCAGGUGGAGUGACCUCCAUGGAGUCCUUCUUGAAGAAAUUCUUCCCUGACGUGUACGCCAAAAUGGAGGAAACCACUGAGGUCAGCAACUAUUGCAGAUUUGACAGCCAACUUUUGACCGCAUUCACCUCCUCACUCUAUGUUGCUGGCCUAGUUGCUUCCUUCUUUGCUUCAUCAUUCACCAGCAACUUCGGACGCAAGCCAUCAAUCCUUGUUGGUGGUGCCUCAUUUUUUAUUGGCGCAGUCUUAGGAGCUGCAGCCUUUAAUGUCUAUAUUCUAGUACUUGGUCGCGUUUUGCUUGGAGUUGGCGUCGGUUUUGCAAAUCAGUCAAUUCCCUUGUAUCUGUCAGAAAUUGCUCCCCCGAAAUACAGAGGAGCAUUCAGUAACUGCUUCCAGCUGAGUGUCAGUCUUGGGAUCUUAGUCGCGAACCUCAUUAACUUUGGAACUGAAAAAAUUAAAGGUGGAUGGGGAUGGAGGGUCUCAUUAGGCAUGGCAGCUAUCCCAGCCUUGAUCAUGACUCUUGGUGAAGUAUUCUUGCCAGAAACACCUAACAGCAUAAUUCAGUGCAGUGAUGACUAUGAGAAGGCCAAGCAACUCCUGCAGAAAUUACGAGGAGCCGAUGAUGUUGAAGCGGAGCUUGGUGAUCUCAUUAAAGCCAGUGAUUUUUCAAGAUCCAUCAAACAUCCGUUCAAGAAAAUCAUGCAACGAGAAUACAGGCCUCAACUUGUCAUGUCAAUUGCAAUUCCAUUCUUUCAACAAGUAACGGGAAUCAAUGUGAUAGCCUUCUAUGCUCCAAUUCUCUUCCGAAUAAUUGGUCUGAAAGAGAGUUCAUCUCUGCUGUCGGCAGUAGUGACCGGAGCUGUCGGUAUGCUUACCACCAUGGUAUCAGUAUUGGUAGUCGACAAACUUGGUCGAAGGGUUAUGUUUGCUGUUGGUGGGAUUCUAAUGUUCGUGUCCCAAAUUGUAAUUGGAACGAUAAUGGCGAUUAAGCUAGGGGAUUAUGGUGAAAUAAACAGGGGAUAUGCGUUUGUACUUCUGUUCAUGAUCUGCGUUUAUGUUGGAGCUUAUGGUUUGUCUUGGGGGCCGUUAGGUUGGUUGGUGCCGAGUGAGAUAUUCCCACUAGAGAUACGAUCUGCAGGCCAGAGCGUAACUGUUGCAGUGAGCUUUCUCUUCACUUUUGUGAUUGCUCAAACUUUUUUAGCUAUGCUCUGCCAUUUCAAAGCUGGAAUAUUCUUCUUUUUUGGAGGAUGGGUGGCUGUAAUGACGUUAUUUGUGUAUGCACUUCUGCCGGAGACUAAAGGCGUGCCGCUAGAACAGAUGGACAGGGUCUGGAGGAGCCACUGGUUUUGGAGGAGAAUGGUAAUCAAAGACCAUCAAAAGGGAGCAAAUGAGGUCGAAAAUUCACUAUUGAGGCAAAGUUGGUGAUGGGAUGACCAGAUAUUCUCGGAUAUAAAACGGCCCAUGCUGCCUUUUUUAGAUUUAAAUGUCAUGCAAGUGACAAAUUAUUUUGGACGUUUUGAAAUGAAGUUGGAAAGGCUUUCUCUAGAU